AGAUAAGAUAAAAACUAAAAUUUAAUGAUAACAAAUUAACAAUAAAACAAUACGAUCGGAAACCGAAGAAAAGCAACCCUACCUCUAUGCCAUCUCUCUAACCCUAUCCCUCUGGUCUACUUCUAUCCUCAUUUCAGCCGCUCCCCUUUCUUCCCUUCUUUUUUCUCCAUGGGAAUACCCGUGUUUUCCCCUUCUUCAUAGCCGCCGCCGGUAGCCCUUCUACUGCGGCUGCCGUUGUCUCGCUGGCUCCAUGUUUCUCUGUCUAUUGCCGGAUAGCUCUCCUCCCUCUCCUCUUCCCGGUGUGGUCGAGUUGCUCAUCUCUCUGCCUCAUCCUCUGCGGUUUUUGGGGCUAAUGGGUAAUCAUCAAUGAAAUGAGCUCUCAAAGUGGAUGGACGACGAGCUACCGCUGAACCUGAAUCCUUUGAUCAAAGACAAAGAUCUCAUUGGGCAUUGUUUCCAUUCCCAGCUGGUUGCUGGUUGCCUGCUUCACCUCCUAGCAUUGUUUCCAUUCCUAGCAGCUUGCUGGUUGCCUGCUUCACCUCAACCAGCAAGCUGUUGGGAAUGGAAACAAUGCCCAAUGAGAUCUGAGGGACUUCUUGAAGCCUGUCACCUUCAUCUUUGACGUUGAGUAAAAAUAAGGAAAUUUUAUCUGUAUUAUGACGCAUGCAUGAUGUGUGCAUCUCGUCAGGUUUUUCAUAAUCACGCAUUAUAUCGUAUUUAGCAACCGGCUGAGCGGGGACCAAGGUAUUCUUUGCCUUUUUUUCGCAUUUCUUGCCGAAUGUUGACAACUAUUUUGUACUUUACCUUUUUUCUUGUUGGUUCAAGGAUUGAAUUUACCGCGCGAGGUGAAAUGUAAUAAUACGGUUUUUUUACUUUUAAAUUUGCAUGAAUUAAUCGACGUUUGAGACGGAAAUUUACGGGUCGUUUGCUUCAUGGAUUUGAAAAAUGAGGGUUUUGGUAAAACCUGGGUUUUGGAAAACCAUGGAUAUAUGAUGGAUUUGGUGGCA